CUACGAGCUGCUUCAUCCGCCACUAAAUCCGUCUCUGUCCGCCCUGCCCGUCCUCUCCGUCCUCUCCGUACCGUACGGCACCGAGGAGAGCCCACAAACACGUAAAAGGUACUGCCCUAUUCUCCAUAGCAUGAGCUUCAAUGUCCACUGACGUAUGUGGGUCAUGGUAGCGUCCUUGUCUUCAUCCGUCCUUUGUUUACUCGGCGAGCUUGCUGGCCCCGUGAGCUCCAUCCAACCAGCUCGACCCACAGCUGCAACAACAGGGUGUGGUAAUUGCCAACACUCCGCACACUGGGAAUUGUCCAUCCAGCAAUUGAUUCCUGCUAAGCUGGUCCUCUGCCUGCCCGAGACAUUUCCAGGCCAAUUGCCUUGUUGCGGACCAGGCUGGAGGCAGAGCGAGGUACUUUCGUAGCACCGCCACCAUAAAUGGCCAUGUCCCAGGUAGAGAGCACGAGCCUCAUGGGCUCAACACGCGUCCUCCCAAGCGACGACUCGGGCAGCUCUGGUGGCAGCAGCAUCACAUCCGUACAGACUGCGAAGCCCGAGACGUCACAGCCCGUCGCGCCCUUUCCCCCACCAAAGACGGACAAACCCAGGCCGCACGUCUGCGCAACCUGUCAACGCUCCUUCGCCCGACUAGAACACUUAAAACGACAUGAGCGAUCCCAUACCAAAGAGAAGCCCUUUGAGUGCCCACAAUGCACGCGGUGUUUUGCGCGGCGCGACUUGUUGUUACGGCACCAGCAGAAGCUCCACCAGCAGGGCGCGACCUCGACCCGACCCCGCAAUGCGCGUAGGGAAAGCACGACCGGCCUGCCUCCCAACCCUUCCGGCCGCGUACGCAAGAACUCAGUCUCGAGCAAUGUGGGCGGCCCAGGCGGUGCCGGCACUCCGAGCAUGAGACCGCGGGCAAACACCAUCAGUCACAUCGACCCAAGUGCUCUGAACAGCUUCCUAGCCUCGCACCACGCAACAUUGCCAAGGGGCAAUGGAGGUCACCACCAAGGGCAUUCGCAUCAUGCGAGCCUGUCUGGAAUCAACACCUCUAAUCAGUUCGACUACAGAGGCAUGUCGACAUCUGUAGGCAACCACGGGCAGCAUCAUGGGCUACCGAGACUGGAUACCCACCUCGGUCAUGGCUUGGGCGGCGGACUGCGCACAGCGCCGCCCAUGCAAGGCGUUGGCCCUGACGAACUCGAGCUGGAGAAAUUCUUCGGGUCGUCCUCGACCAUCAAUCCAAACCAGCUGCAUCACUUCAACGGAGCCAUUGGGAACCCGCAAUCGCCUUUCCGGCAAUUCGCCAAUCCAUUUGCUGCGAACAACCCAAUCGAGGAGGACGACUUCGCCUGGAGCGCCGGUCUGGACAACGCAAUGAUGUUUGCAGGAGGGAACGAGGGAGCUGUGGACGAGUCGUCACCUUCAGCAAUAAGCACUGCCAGCCAAGGCGGAUUUAGCGAAGUGAUGCUCGACGGCUCAGGCCAGCCUACCUCCGCGGCCAUGUGGCAUAACCCACUAGUCACCCAUGCCAACAUGGCCUCGACAGCUUUUACGCUUGACGCCAUGGCCCCAGUGUUCCCUGAGCUGAUGAUGAACUCGGUUACACCACAGGACCUCGUCGCGGAUCACGGUGUUCAGCAUGACUUCUACAUGUCCUCACCCGGUCCCUUGUCGGGAAUGAGCCCCUCAGCAGGUAUCCCCGGCAUGCCGAACCAGUACUUCCAGGCGCCCAUGACCUUCAAUUCGGAUACUGGCAGCAUAUCUUCGUCCUCGAUCAAUGGAAGCGCAAGGCACAGCUCCGUAACAUCCGUCUCUACCGAGUCCAUCACCGAGUCCACCAGGCAAGCUCUGAUCUACAACCUAUCUCAAGCUAUGGGGUAUGGCCUCCCUCAACGGAAGUUUUCCCAGCCACAAAUCAGUUCGCCCUUGUCCGCGACGCCAAACGGGAAAAACCAAGGUCAGGUUGCCUCACUCCCAAGUACCAUGGACAUUCAACGCUAUGUCAAUGCGUAUAUUCAAUACUUUCACCCUCAUAUGCCAUUUCUACACAUUCCAACAUUGUCCUUUGACACUCCAGCGUAUACGUACCAUCUUCGCACUACUAGCAGCUUCAACCAGGACGGCAUGGUCGGCGGUGGCGGCUGUCUCAUCCUCGCCAUGGCGGCAAUUGGAGCCCUGUACGAGUUUGAGCACAACGUUGCAAAGGAGCUGUUCGAGGCUGCGAAAAAGAUGAUUCUCUACUACCUCGAUGAGCGUCGCAGAGCCGGGCUUUCGGCUGCGGUGAAUGGUCCCAACGCUACAAAUGACUCGAUAAACAAGCCUCCACUGUGGUUAGUUCAGGCAAUGCUACUAAACCUCAUAUUUGGGCAUAAUUGCGGCGAUCGACAGGCUGCUGAAGUUGCGAGCACUCACUGCGCAGCACUUGUGAGUCUUGCGAGAGCCGCUGGCCUAGACAAGCCAGCAACGCCAGACACGAUGACGCACAGUCCACGCAACCAUAUGAACGGUGACGAUGUGCAGAUGAGUAAUGAUCCAAGUCUGCACCAGGAACCGAUGAUCGAUUCCGUUGACGAGCAUACCCAGUGGAUUCAAUGGAAGAAAAUCGAAGAAAGGAAACGCACGUAUUUUGCCGUCUUCUCCAUGUCGAGCUUGCUUGUUUCUGCUUACGCACACGCUCCACGGAUCCUGAACUCGGAAAUUCGCCUUGACCUCCCCUGCGAAGAAGAUCUCUGGUCUGUUGACAACCCCCAAGCAUGGGUGGCAAUGGGCGGCCCAAUGAUUGCACAAACCAGGGGACUGUCGUUCAACGCCGCCAUGACUUACCUACUCGAAGCUAGCACUCGCCAGUCCAGCUCUCGAAUACACAACUCUUACACUCAGGCAUUUGGAGGUGGUCAGCCAGCAAGUGACUCUCCAGAGAGCGAGAUUCGGCCUAGCACAUUCGGAUGCUUUGUUCUGAUCAAUGCAUUACAUGUCUACAUUUGGGAAACUAGGCAAAGGCACACUGGACGGUUGUGGAAGACCCAAGAAACGGAAGCUAUGCAUGCACAGGUGGAGCCUGCGCUGAAAGCCUGGCAAGCUGCUUGGAGAGCCAAUCCGAACCAUAGUAUUGAGCGGCCCAGCCCAUUUGGUCCGCUAUCGGCCGACUGCAUACCGCUACUCGACUUGGCUUAUGUGAGGCUAUUUGUGAACCUCGGCCGUGCUAAGGAGCUUCUGUGGCAGAGAGAUUUCGAUGGCAUGGCGAAUGAGCUAGCAAGGGGCGUUGAUAUUGUUGCCCAGGCCGACAGUCCUGAACGAUCUUCGUCCAUGGAGGCCGGCAAGUCAGCUUCUCCUGGACAUAUCGUCUCACCAGACCUCGACGCAAUUAGUCACAUCAGCCCAGGGCACGCCAACAACGGUUUCCAACCCAACCAAUCUUCAAAACGUGAGAGACACCUCCGCAAAGCUGCCUUCUACGCGGCCGACUCUCUUUCCAUGGCAGACAAACUGGGCGCUACCUAUGUCGAGUAUACUGCUCGGGAAAUACCCAACUCGUCUGCAUUUUGCACUUUCGACUGUGCCCAAGUUCUCGCUGAGUGGGUAGCGACUGUCCAAGAUCGAGUGGGACGCUUCUUGGGUGUGCUAGGCAAAGACGACAUCGACUACACUGCUGUGCCGGCCAUUAUGCUACUAGAGGAGGAAGACGUCAAACUUCUACAAAAGAUCGCAGACAUCCUCCACCAUGCUGAUAUGAAGCUGGCCUACGAUAUCUCCUCCAACUCGCUGCCAAUGCUCGGCGGGCUAUCCAACCUUGGGCAUUGCGGCUAUGGCACCAAGUUGCUUAUGGUGACAGCUUACAUGCUGUCAAAAGCUGCUGUUUGGCCUGUCACUCAUGUCCAGGCGCGCGCACUCGAGUCGCACGCCAACCACAUAAACCAACGCGCCGAAAACUCUGUAAUUGCCUCGUAAAUAUCCCUCUCUAUGGACUUUGUACAAAACUCUUGCCAUGAGUCCGACGUACACGACGAUUGACCAUCCAUCCGACUUCAUGGCACAACUGGACGACACUUGACGACCGAGACGAAAUGGCCUGUGACGAUCGCAAUCCGUCGCGCCAUUAGACGACUUUUCACGAGAUCACUACUGCACCCGUAUUCGUUUGUA